AUGCAAACAUACAAAUUUAAGAUGUAUGAGAAAUUGUCUCGAAUUUGGUGGUCGCGUUUGGUUAUAUCUGUUCGUGGAUAUGUCGCCAAUUAUGUGGAAAAUAACGACGAAAUUUUAUUUCACUGUGAUGAUGCCUUUAUAAUGGUUCACCAAAAUAUCGUUGAAUCGACAGUAGAUUGUGCUCAACAGUUCCUACUGGAUCUCGAAACAGUUGUAAAUAUACCAGAAAUUAUCACUAUAUUGGACAAGCUUAAUAAGGGUGAUCUACAUCAAAAUCCAUUCUCUGAUAAGAGCACUUCGCAACAAUUUACGAGCGAAAAGGCUUCUUUAAGAAUAUUUGGCCAAGCGAAUUCAGUAACGUACCGUAUUGCCAAUGCACAAAUUUUGGCUUAUUUAAUCUUUAUGCACACUUUAACGAAAUUGCAACAACGUUGGCUCGUCUCCAUAAGGAAACGUAAAUCGAUUCGCUUCGAGGAGGAUCCUGAAUGGCAGCCCGAUGAUCGAGUUGUGCUUUUCCAGAAUUUUUUCCAAGGUAAUCCCACUAAGUCAAUGUGGCGACCAAAUGGAUCGUCGGUGAUUUUUGGUGAUCGUUUCAUCGAAGAGAAAAAGAAACUUGGCUAUACUUUAUGCUCAUAUUGUGGUAUACUCGAACAGUACAUCGGCCAGUUCGCUGAAUACGCAAAUAAACGUUAUUGCUCGCAAAAAUGUCUCGAUGAAAGUUGUGAUCAAACUAAUUUAAAGAAAUAA